AUGCCCGUUUACGAAGACGACGCUAACCAGACAGGUGCCCAGUGCCCGUUAACGGCUGCCACGUCACCAUCCCCCAUCCCUGCUCAACAUCAUCCAACCCCAUCCAGCCCCAUCCAUGCCCGUCAACAACUGUUGCAUUUGUACAUCUGUGUUAAGUCAUUCCUGCACCCUCCUGCUGUGUGUGUUGUAUUGUACAUCUACAUCAAGUCAUCCCUGCACCCUCCUGCUGUGCUUUUUGUAUUGUACACCUUUGUCAAGUUGUCUCUGCACACUGCUGCUGUUGCUGUCAUAUUACAUGCCUACUUGGAUUUUCCAUUGGGUGUUUGUCUGUCUUGGUCCAUUAUCAUCCAUCUUGGUCUCCAUUCAGGAUCCCAAAGACAAACAAACCGCAGUGGUAUUUCUCGUGAUCCACCAGUCUCAUCAUCUAAACCACCCUCUAAACGAACAACAUCAUCUGCUUCUGAAAACCCCAAAACAAAGCAGCAAAAGUAUGAUGAAGAUGAAGUCAAAGGAACUGGAAAAGGGCAGGGCAGAAAGGGGAAGAAGGAGGAAAAGAAAGCACCAAAAGGGAAGAAAAACAGAAAGACAUCUGCCAUGCGAGCUGAAGAGGAUGCUAAGGCUGGCUCCCCUCUCAAACUUACCAGUGACAUUGACAAGGACAACAACAGCCACAACACCAACAACAGCAGCAGCAAUGGUGACAAUGGCAACAUGGAUGAUGAAGACAAUAGUGACAAUGGCCCUGACAGCAAUGGUGACAGCACCAAAAACGAUGAGGAUGAAGAUAGGGAUCAACAUAACUCACCCAAGAAAACAAGUGGUCAUCAUGAUGAUGAGGAUCAUAUCAGAGAUCGUAUUCGCGAUUGUGAGACAGCCCGCGAUCGAGAUGACAAGUUCAACAACCUUUCUGGUGAACUUGACAGCAUGGACUCUAACCCAGAUCCUUCAACUGAUAUUACAAGCAACAUCGCUAACAUCAACAUUGAUGAGGACAUCGAUGCUAAUCCCCGUGAACCAGAUGUUGAAAUCCCUAGUCUACCACAUACUCCCCAAUGCAAGGGGAAAGCAAGACAAAUGAGUUCACCACAAACACCUGAACUUCAAGGGGCAUCUCGUGUUAUAGGGGGUGUUUUACAUGGUUGUGCACAUGGGAAUAAGGCCAAUAUGGCUGAUCUCAUUGAUGCAGACAAGGAUGCCAAUGACUCUCGUGAAAUUUUGGGGAAUGUUUUACUGUACCUUUCAAACGACAACCCAGCCACAAUCAACCCAGCAGAAACUCAGUUAUACCUGAACAAGACUUUCCUGGACAGAAAGCCCUACUGGAGAUCAGAAGAUUGUUGCAAUAGGAGAUAA